GCUGUCAAUAAGGAAACCAGUCAAGGAAGUGUAAGUGGUCCACAUAUUUUUCAAUGAUUUAGACGUCUUUUAUAGUGGUACUGUGGCCCCUUUUCAAAUAUGCAGACGACUCUACCAUAAUCUCUUCUGUUGACAACAAAUACAAUUCUUUUGUAAGCCUAGUCGAACGGUUUUUGACAUGGUUCAAAGAGAAAAAGAUGUCUUACAUUCCAUGUGAAUGUACGGAACAAAUUGUAAGGAAGAAAAUCAGCAGUAUGCUGCUGAUUUUCUUCCUUACAAUUUGCAAACUGACUGCCAUAGCAGUCAGUUUGAUCCAAUACAUGAUUCCCCAAUAAAGUAAUCUAAACUUAUUUUGUUAGAUCUAUUCUAAGUACCUUUUAAGUAACCAAGACCGUAGAAUUAUUAAGAAAGUAAGCUCCCGAGAGAACCAUCCACUCAGCGAAAACAACCCUUCUAAAAAGGAGUGUUCUUACAACCCCCUUCUUCCCUUGCCUCUGGCAAGUGGGCUGUUCCGCCAAAAAAAUGCUUUGAAUCUUUGCUCAAGAUCUUUUACUGUUACAUCCCAAGAUACUGAACGCCUUUCUAGUUCUGUCAGUCAGAGACAGUCAGUCUCAUGAACAGAGAAAGCUAUGCUGUCAGUAGAAGUGUCAAAAGUGACAGCAAUAUUAACUGUGACAGGGACAGAUACAGCAUCAAUGACAAUGUCUGUGGGAGAAACAACGACACUGAAAUUAAAAUGAAUAUGAAAUCAAUCUUCGAAAUUGAAAGCAAUAGUGAAAAUAAGGCCGGAAAAAACCUCAUAAUUCGAACCCAUGACCUCUGCUAUACUACUGCAAUGCUCUACCAACUGAGCAAACAAGCCAACUGGGAGCUGGUCAUUACAGUAUGUUGGUUUGUAAUAAGCUUGUGAAGUGACGAAUCAAUGCCUGUAAAUGUAUGAAAAUCAUAUAUUUGAACUUCGGAUAAAGAAAUGAAUAUGAAAGUGAUCUUCACCAUAAUGAACACUACUUAAGCAGUAGUGAAAGUAACAGUAGUAGUGACACUGAUACUGACAGUGAAAGUGGUAAGGACAGUGUCAACAAAGCAACCAUAACAAAGAUAGAAAAUGCUGCAUUAAAAGUGACAGAGACAGUGACAGUGACAGAGAAGGACACAUAGACAGUCAUGAGGACAGAAACAGUUACAGGGACAAAGACAGCAACAGUAACAAAGACAGCAAAGGAGCCAAUGAAAAUGAGACCAGUAAUGACAAGGACAACGAGAAAGACAGUGAUUAA